AGCGGGCGGCCGGAGCGGGCGGCGGCCGAGGCGGAGGCGGCGGAGGCGGGGGCGGCCCAGCGCGCCCCUCCCGGGGCCCCCCCUCCCCGGGCCGCCGCGGCCGGGAUCGGGGCCCAUGGACGCCCCGUCCAUUAUCACCCAGGUGACCAACCCCAAGGAGGACGAGAGCAGCCCGACCUCCUGCAGCGGGCCCGACAAAGUGUCCCAGAGCAGCAUCAGCCUGAAGAAGCAAAGAAGCAGAAGCAUCUUCAGCUCUUUGUUCUGCUGCUUCCGCAACUACAAUGUUGACACCACAGCCAUCCACAGCACCAGCGUGCUGCCCCCGGUGGUGGAGGAGAACGGGGGCCUUCAGAAGGGCGACCAGAGGCACGUCCUCCCCGUACCAAGCGGCCAGGAAGUCCGCCAAGUUCGGGAAUCAAAGCCCGCCCCGGGGCCUGAGGGGCCACUGACCUCGCCACAGCCUCGGCCUCACCCUGCAGACAGGCCGGGCCCUCUUAGCUCUGGGGGCCCCCCACAAGAGGAAACUAAGGAGGCAGCACUCAAGAGACAGCCAUCAGCUCAAUACCUCCUCCCAGAACUGAAGUUGCCUGACUACGGCAAGAAAUGCAUGGUUAUCGACCUCGAUGAGACCUUGGUACACAGCUCCUUUAAGCCUAUCAGCAAUGCUGAUUUUAUUGUUCCGGUUGAAAUCGAUGGAACCAUACAUCAAGUCUAUGUUCUGAAACGACCCCACGUGGAUGAAUUUCUUCAAAGGAUGGGGCAGCUCUUCGAGUGUGUCCUUUUCACGGCCAGCCUGGCCAAGUACGCGGACCCUGUGGCCGAUCUGCUGGACCGAUGGGGGGUGUUCCGGGCCAGGCUCUUUAGAGAGUCCUGUGUUUUCCAUCGAGGCAACUAUGUGAAGGACCUUAGCCAGUUGGGUCGGGAGCUGAGCAAAGUGAUCAUCAUUGAUAAUUCUCCAGCCUCUUACAUCUUCCACCCAGAGAAUGCAGUACCGGUUCAGUCCUGGUUUGAUGACAUGGCAGACACGGAGCUGCUGGACCUCAUCCCCUUCUUUGAAGGACUGAGUCGAGAGGAAGACGUCUACGGCAUGCUUCAGAAAUUUGGCCACAGGUAGCCCUGGUCUCGCCCCUCCUUCCAUCCUGGCUGUGGCUAUUGCCAAAACCGCAUCCAGGCUCCGACCAUCUCCACUGUCUACACUUGGAAAUGGGCGCUGGGAGGAGGCAGAUGAGCAGGGGCAGCCCCGUACACCAAGGACAGGGAGAGCUUCCUGUCUGUCUCCUAGAGUAUGGUCGAUCAUGCCUCUUUUUAAAAAGGAAGAGAAAAUCACUAUUUUAAAAGGAACUCUUUUCAUGAAUUUCAUAAAUAGAAACACGUUUUACUGGAUCGCUUUUUCUUAAAACAUACCAAAAAAAAUGAAUGAAUAUUGAUGUGUUUCAACAGUUGAACCCCUGCCCCUGACUGUCCUUCCUAGGAUGCUGACAUUCAGACCUUCUCCCUCUUGUUCCUGCUUGGAGCAGUUCUUUCCUACUGAAUGAAGUGCCUUUGGAAUGUUAUUUUGAGAUAAAAGUUAAUUUUUGUAUACUGCGUAUUUCCAGACACCUUUUAAUCUUUUAUUGUCUAACUGCUUUAAAAAAAAAAAAAAAGGAGAGUUUAUCGAGCACUGUAACAUAUGAUAACUACACAAUGGAAAGAAAGGGCAGCCGAGGUGCUGGGACCCCUUCCGCACAGCUAGGGGUUGCCUUGAAUGUCUCCGGACACGUCUCCACGUUGGAAUCGCUCUAUGUUUCCUUCAGGUCCGUGUUUGUCCUCAUCAUCUCCCACCAUUCUGACCACUCCGAGGCUACCUGCAUUUGCGUGGUCCGAGCACUCUAGGAAAUGUUUUAUGUCGACUUGUGGUUGGUGUUUUUUGAAUGGUCACACGUUGGGCUUUUCAUCCCUUUCCCGAGAAGUGACAGCGCCUGUCACUUCUCCUGCCCGGCUGCCACGCCGACAUCAUUUGCAAUGCGAUGACAAAAAAACCCAUUCUCUUUGGAGGCCAACAAAACUUCUCUGUCACAGUCUUUCCUUUCAAAGAGCCCCUUGGAGUAAGAGGGACGCGCCUCUCAAGCGUUCUGGGAGUUCUCAUUGCUGCUGCAGUUCUUUCUGUCAGAUGAUGGAAUGGGCCCCCCAGCGGCUGGGAUACUGUUCUUCGCCACCGUGCCUACACCAAAAACCCACUUGCUUUGAUCUGCCAAUCUGGGAAAUCUCAUCCCCCGGGUGGGGACACCCACCGGACCCAGGAGCCCUCCCAUUUCAGCUUCUGGGGGAAAUUGUCAAUAACAAAAGUCAAGUAUCUCUACAUGGUGUUCAUUUCCACCCGAGAGAGUGCUCCCCACUGGGAUCCGUUGGCCACACUCGUGCCAAACAACGAGGGAGAAAGAAGCCGCCUCGAGAAGUUCAGGAAUGGGAAGGGGAGGUCUGCCUGCCCCCCCCCAAGCCAGACAUCUCCCUCGAUCAGGGUGAGCAGCGGAGGGAGAGAGAACUUUUGUUCCCUGUCCAGCAUUCGCAGUGAGGUCCCGUGAGCCUCUUUGCAGAAUUCAACCAUCUGGAGAACCAGCCAAUCUUUGAUGUAAGCACCACGCCCGUGUCCUGUGUCCCUCCUCCAGCAGAGCAGCUCUGAGGGAGAAAGAGUGACUAGAAUGCCCAGGUGACGGGCAUUCUAUCCAAGGUCCAGACUGGUGUUUUGCUUUAUUUUGUAUUGGAAUGUGGAGUGCUGAAAGGCAGCUGCCAAAGAGUGUGCCCUCCCUGUGAGCUGUCUGAAGGGAGACACCCACUCGGGCAGCUUCCAAGCCCCAGAAGCGGCAGGUGUUUCCCUUCCAUGAUGAGAGUGGUGGAACCACCAUCCAGUGCUCAUUCAUCAAACUAGCGAUUGAUUGAACCCAUUGCCUUAAAUGUCUGUGAAUGAAUGUUGAUCCUCAGUGUCUUUUCAUGUCUCAAGUCCCCUUGUACAAACAUUUAAACUUCUGUCCCGAUGCCGGCAGACAGAGGAAUUUCAACAAGACACAACCAAAUCAUGUUCUUUCUUGGCAUCCCUGGACAGCCUGGAAAGAAGAUAGAGAGCCUUUAAAUCCACAAUGCAGGGAAGGCCGGCGACCCAAAGUUGUCUGCUCCCCACUGCUGGGGUGAUAAAGCUCCCAGCAUUUCCUGAAGCCCCCCCAGCUGUUCGUCCUCAGGUGGGCAGGCCGGGUGGGGGCCUUCUGCCACGCCUCAAGAUUCCGUCUUCAUUUCUGGCGCAUCGAGCAGUGCCAGACACACCUGGCCCAAGCACCUACACUUUAAUGAAGCAAUAGCAUUGGAACCUUGAGGCCAGAAAAUUAGUAGAAUGUUUGCUUUCAAAAGGAAAAAUGGAUACGGGUAUUUUUAAUUAUUGCCAUUUGUUAAUUUAUAGGCAUUCAAAGCAACAAGAGGUUAAAAUGUUUUAUCUACAUGUGCCAUAUGUCCCCCUCCCCUCCAUCGCCAAAGCAACCCUGAGUUCAGUUUUCUGUUGAGCCCAAGGAAGAGGGUAGUUCAUCUGGUGGUCUGUGGUCUUGACCUGUUGGGCUGCCAGGUGGCGUGCCUACACGCCUUUGUGAAUGCAAGUCAGCGGGGCCAGGACACCCUGGGUUCGGAAAUCCAGGUAAGCGUGGUCAUGGAAUGCUCCGGUAAACGAAACCAGGAGGAGGAGUUGCCCAAGCGGCUCUGGACCGUGUCUGGUUCCCCUUUCUGGGUUCCCCUGCGGCUGUUUCUCAGAUCUCUGAAAGCGCAUCUAUUGCUUCACCCUCUCGCUUUCUGAAGACUGUGUGUGUUCAUUAAAAAGAAAGGACCCCUGCUCUGCUCACCAGCGCGGGGAUGCUCCCUCCAUCACCCCCUGGGGGCAUGCGAGAAGCGGUAGAGAAGAGAGCUUUGGGACGCGGCUGCGUGACGGACAAACGGACGCGGUCUUCUCUGUUCAAGUCUCUUUCUAAUCAGACGCCGAGCUGCAGGCCCCAGUCGGCCCGAGCUCCUGGCCACUGAUUUCCACGGUGCUGGGCUGGACUGGAUGGGAGGAAGCAAGUGGAGGCUGCUUGGGCUUCUCUUGGAUAACUAUGCAAACUAAGCUGUAUGGGAUUUCUUCUGGGAGCCGCGGUCAGCAGCAGGCAUGUGGCUUGUCCGGACAGGCCCGGGGCUGCUGGCACCUUCGUGCCGGAGGAGGCCUGGAGAAGCACUGCCCAGAGAGUGCUAGGGUCCACAGGAGGAGGGCUGGCACUCCUCUGGGCUGCCCGGCUUUCCUCACUGUCCGAAAUAAAGGUUUUUAACAAUG